GAGAGUAUAAUUUUGUAAGAAUAAUGAUAUGAAGAUAAAAAAUGAAGAGGUUACAGUAAAUCUGAAAACGUCGUCGUGCGGUUUGGUCUGUUGACGAGAUAGUGUCGCCGGCAGAGGAAGGAUUCUUCUUCUUCUUUUUGUGAUUCCUUCAAAUCAAAUCUCAUCGCUCUUUCAGUUUCAGCUUGUUCCUCAACUCUUUCAGAUGGCUGCAAAUUAUGAGAAUAUCUUGUCACUGUCAUUGAGGUCUACUUCAGAGGUUUACGGGGGAAAUGAUUCUCCCCGGGUUGGAGUAUGUUCUCUUUGCCACAAGGCCUUAUCGUCUGAUGAUGAGAUAACAGGUGAUCUUGCAACUGGUGGUGUAUGUGGUGAUUGUAAAUUUCUAUUGCUUGAAGACUUUAUACCAAGCACUCGAAGGAGGCUUAGAGGUAGACUCAGACACAGUAGUUUUGAAUCGGUUGAUAAUAUUUUAUCACAACAUGCUGGACAAAACCAUUCUUCUGCAUCUGUAGAGGAAGAUCAACUUGUAGAUGGUGACAACUCUGCAUGGUCAUUGCAGUAUGCUAGUGCAAAUACUACUCCUAGUGGGUCUAGAAGCUGGAGGCAGGUUCUCUCGGAUACCGACAGUGAUGGUUUUGAUAGUUGGUGCUCUCUUUAUGGUGAUAAUGAAUCGAGUUCGAGUUUUAGACAGUAUAUGGGUCCCCACAGUGAGACUGAUUCUUUAUCUUUUAGUGUUUACGGAGGUGACUCGGAUAUCUCGAUGGAUAGACACAGUUUUGUAGGCAUUGGAACUUUUAAUUUACCUGAUGAGGGAGAUGAGUUUGAUAGUGACACUGACAUAGAUCCAAUGCAUGCUGGCCUCGGUCAAUGGAACUCGGAUGAAGAUGAGGAGGAUGAGGAAGAGGAAGAGGAGGGGGAGGGGGAGGGAGAAAGGGAAUGGGACCUACCCGAGGUUGACGAAGCUGAAGCUGCUCGUCUUCAUAUUCUUUUAACCUCAAGUCCAAGUGAGAGCAGGAGCCUAAUUAAUUGGGAACAAAGGAUUAAUGCUACUGAGUCCGAGGGAAUAUUUAGUCAAAUAAUCAGGGAAACUUGGUUAGCUUUGGACGAUGCUGAAUUACCUCAUGGAGCUAACUUUGGAGAUUUCCUCGAUACUAGACGCUUCGAUGAUCUGUUCGAGAGUUUUGCUGAAAAUGACAGCUCAAGACGAGGAGCACCUCCUGCUGCUGCAUCGUUUGUAAAUAAUCUGCCUCGUGUAGUCAUUAGCGAGGAACACAAGAAUCACGACGAACUAGUUUGUGCCAUCUGCAAGGAUGUUUUGGCCCUUGGCACCAAAGUAAACCAGCUUCCUUGUUCUCACCUUUACCAUUCUCAUUGCAUUUUGCCAUGGCUGAAGACACGUAAUUCAUGCCCUCUUUGUCGGUAUGAGCUUCCAACCGAUGAUAAGGAUUAUGAAGAGGGAAAACAGAACAAUGAUGGUAGAAAUGUGAUCAUUGAGAGACAGCAACUACUUGUGAUCGACGAUAGCUUCUCUGAUGUUUCUGAAGUGUUUGAAGAUGAUGUUACCGCUACUCAUGAUACCUCGAAUUCUUCUGUGGUAAGAGGCGGUAGAGGAAGAUGGUUGUUUCUUGCUGCAGCUCCAAUUGUUAGUCUUGUCGGCAUGGUUAUCGUACUAUGGUUAGGUAGUAACUCUCAGAUUGAAGGGACCAGACAUUCGAGCACUCGCUAUUUAUCCAUGCAAAAUCAGCAAGGUGUUCACGAUUAUGGUUCUCAGAACUCAAGGGAGAACAGAAGCAGAAGAUGGUGGUGUCCAUUCUAAGUUCUCUCAAAUUCUUCAUCAAUAAUGCAUUUUGUAAUAGUAACUUGUUGGUGUGGAAUUUUUUAGCUGACUCUUUUUUCAUGUGAUGUGGCUUGUAUUCUAACUAAUUUCAGAAAUCAUGUGCAGAUUUAAGUUUGUAAUUAAUAACUUUUUAUUUGAAUUUUUCUCCAUCUUCCUUUACCUGGUUGUGCUUCAAGAACCUGAA